AUGAAUUAAAAAGAAAGAAGAAGAAUAUAUUCAUUAUAAAACAGAGAUCCAAUUAAUGUAGUGAAAACUCGUAUGGAUGUUUCAAUGGACAAUUUACAAAAAAGAAAAACACUAAAUUCUGAGUUGCCUUAAUUGGCAUAGAACAAAUUACGCAUGACUAAUUAUACGACCUCAAUGUAAUUGCAGCAGAAAACCAAAUAUGAACAAUUGUCGUUGAAAAUUCUUAAGGAACCUUACAGGGCAUUAAAUAUCAAGUAAAGAAUGAUAACAAAUCAUUUUACGUUACAGUAAAAAAUUUAAGACACGAUAGCUUAUGAUUGCAUCAAACAUAUUUUGUCCAACACAGACAAUACAAUAAUCAAGGGAUAAGUGAUUCUUCCUGUCUAAAACGAACAAUAAUAUACUAUUCCAGUAUCGAGAUAAGGCAGUCGAGUAGUGAAAUAUGAUCAUUUUGGAUUAGUAUUUGGAGGACAUUCUCACAGAGAAAAUAUUGAAAUUCAUGCAAUUUCAUUACUGAAUGGUUAAUGGAAGAGGAAACAAGAGUUUUGUUAAUCUUAGAUAGAAUAAUUGAAAUUGAGAUAGGUUCUAAAUCCAAAUUUGAGAUUGGGGUGUUACUUUAGUUUGAACAUUGAUGAAAAUAAAACAAUAUAUGCUUUUGGGGGAGAGAAAAACACAAAUAGUAGAAAGACCACAAAUAUGGUCACUAGGAUAUGCUUAGAAGAUGAUAGACUAGAAUGGCAAUAAUAUCCAACUUAAAUUGGGUGUCGUAGAAAUCAUAGUGGAUGUUAUAGUCACAACCAUCUCAUUAUUGUUGGUGGACUAGAUGAUAGCGAAUUGAAUACGAAAUUUUAUAGUGACUUUUAGUUGAUCAAUUUGACUAACAUGAAUUGUACUCAAUUUUAUCCAAAGUUUUAUUAGAAAUAGGUUAUUCAAAAUGAUCACCCUUUUAAAUUGGGGAUAGCUUAUCAUAGUGCAAUUUUAGUAGGGAAUCCAUAUUUGAGAAUGAAUUAUGAUUUCACUUCGAAUACCAAAAAGGAGGAGUAGGCAGAUUAAUUGUUUAGCAAGGAAGGCAUCUAUAUUUUUGGAGGGAAGGAUAGUGAGGACAAUCUUUAUAGCGAGUUGUAUCAGUUAAUUAUUGAUACGUACCCGUCGGUAUUGUAGGUUGUGGAGACUAUUGGCUAGAAGCCUCUUGGGAGAAGAUCUCAUAGCAUGAAUUAUGAUGAGAAGAUAAGUGCCUUGUUGUUGUUUGGGGGGACGAAUGAAAUGGAAUGUUUUGGAGAUUUGCAUUUGUUAUUUUUAAAGAAUUACACUUGGUAGAAAGUGCAAUUGUAGGGGUAUUUGGAAUACCCAUUUAGAUAUGAGCAUUGCAGCGUUUAUAAUGAAGAUAAAUUGUUUAUAUUUGGAGGUUUAAGCUAAAAUGGAUUUUUAAUGUAUAAUCCUAUUUAAAUAUAAAUUAAAUUUAAAACAAUUCGUAAACAUAAUUGA